GCGGCCAGCGGAAGUGACGUAGCUGCCCCAAAGCUGCUCAGUCACACGAGUGACACUUGGAUGCUUACAUUUGGCAAAAAUAUCAACAGUGGACCAAACCGAACACUCACAGCUAGACACACAGAUACAGAACCGGACUGGAGCUCGAGUGUAAGGUGCUAGCCGCGUUUGCGGGUAACGGAGUAAGGCAAGCCAGCGGCCGCUGUGAUGCCACUGCGCAUGCUUGUCAUGGAAAACGGACAAGGCAACACGACCGGCAACACGACCACUACCACAACCACGACGAGGCUUGGCCUGCCGCCGCUCACCUUCGAACAACAGGAGGCGCUGCAGAAGGCCAAAAAGUAUGCCAUGGAGCAGAGCAUCCGGAAUGUUCUGGUCAGACAGACUAUGGCUCAGCAGCAGCAACAGCAGCAGCUUAGUGGACUGCAGAUGGCCUCUUUGUCGGUGGGUUUCGGAGAACUUUCUCCUCUGCAGUCAGUGGCGGCUCAACGCCAGCGCGCCUUGGCCAUCAUGUGCCGCGUCUACGUUGGCUCCAUCUACUACGAGCUGGGCGAGGACACCAUCAGGCAGGCUUUCAUCCCCUUCGGACCCAUCAAAAGCAUCGACAUGUCCUGGGACUCUGUCACCAUGAAGCAUAAGGGUUUUGCCUUUGUGGAAUACGAAACGCCAGAAGCGGCUCAGCUGGCUCUGGACCAAAUGAACUCUGUCGUCCUGGGAGGGCGAAAUAUUAAGGUGGGCCGGCCCAGUAACAUCGGGCAGGCUCAACCCAUCAUCGAGCAGCUGGCGGAGGAAGCGCGUGCCUUCAACAGGAUCUACGUGGCGUCCGUUCAUCGCGACCUGUCGGACGGCGACAUCCGGAGCGUGUUUGAGGCCUUUGGGAAGAUCAAGUCAUGCAUGUUGGCUCGCGAGCCCACCACAGGACGCCACAAAAGCUACGGCUACAUCGAGUACGACAAGCCUCAGGCAGCCGUCGACGCAGUGGCCUCCAUGAACCUAUUUGACCUGGGCGGCCAGUACUUGCGAGUUGGGAAGGCCGUCACGCCGCCCGUGCCACUCAUCACUGCCUCGGGAGGCCUGGCUGCAGCUGCCAACUUCACUGCCCAGGAUCCAGUGGGCGCAUCAGUGCUGAGAGCGCUGGCUGGUCUUCCGCAAGGCGUCAUGGCGGCUCAGGCUCCGGGAGUCAUCACAGGCGUGACCCCAGCUCGAGCAGGACUGCCUCAAGUGGCUCUGGUCAAUCCCGUCCUGGCCACGCCCCCUGCCCUGAGGAUGGAUGAAGGGCAGCGCCAGGGAGCGCCCUUGGACGCGAGUAAACCGACUGACGGACACCAAGACAUUAACAAGAUUUCGCGUGUGAUGGUCCUGAGAAACAUGGUUGGCCUGGACGACAUUGACGACCACCUGGAGGGUGAGGUGACGGAGGAGUGCGGCAAGUUCGGCCAGGUCAAGCGAGUGGUCAUCUACCAGGAACGGCAGGGAGAGGACGCCGAUGCCGAUGUCAUCAUUAAGAUCUUCGUGGAGUUCAACCACACAGCCGAGAUGACCCGAGCGGUCCGGGCUUUAGACCGCCGCUGGUUCGGCGGUCGCAAGGUGUCAGCCGAGGCCUACGAACAAGAGCGCUUUGAGAACAAUGACCUGUCGGCGUAGACGCGCGCCGACAACAACCUGUCAGCGUGGACGUAAGCCAAGGGUGCCGUAUGAGCGUUGACGCUAGCCAGCGGCAUCCCGUCAGCGUAGAGGCUCGCCAAUGGCCACCUAUUGACGGUAAAAAUCGCCAACGGCGACCGAUUGCAACAACCCCUUUGAGACCCGUCUGUGUGGACACUGAUCAAGUGCUGUCAGCAAAGAUGCCUCGAGUACUGCGACGAGCCAGCGUAAGGUCCCGUUUGGGUUUGAGAAUCGGAAUUGGGACUUGAAUGAGCAGCGAAAUGGCCACGCGCGGUCAAGCCAAUCCUUUUUCAGGCUGUACCUUGACGAGGACGGGAAGUGGACGUGAGGAACGUUGAUGAUUUCUAUCACCUGUCUUGAAUGCGCUCACCAUUGUGACCUUUCAUGGCCAUCGCACAGCUGUGCUGCCACGUGACGUCAGCUGACUAAUGACAACUGUGUUUGAGCCUCAAAGACUGCCCACAAACAUUUUGUAAAUGUUUCUCUUGGUUUUAUAUUAAAACAGAAAA